AUGUCUUACGAAUCGACUAAAACUAGUACAAAUUCAAGUGGUGGUGGUGGUGGUGGUGAAACAAUGACAAGUGAUAUGUCAUCACAAUCAGCAGCAAAUAAUUUUUAUUCAAAUAAUAAUAGAACACAAGCUAUGAUUAUGAAUCCUAUGAUGGGUAGUAAUAAUUAUUAUAAUGGACCACCACAAGGUACACCUCAACAAACUCAAAUGCCAUAUCGUCCUAUGUAUCCACCAUAUUCAUCAGCACCUCCUCAUCAUCCUCAACAUCAUCAAAUCUUAUCACCAUUUGAUACAUACGAAUCACGUACAAGUGGUUAUUAUUCACCAUAUACUCAUGAUACUGGUGUUUAUGAACAUCAGCAACUGUCAUCAAUAGGAAGAACUUAUUAUGGAAAUUAUGGCGAAAAUCAAGUUGAGUCAUCACCAUAUCCUUCAAAAGAUGGUUGUUUACCAUCAUCAACAAAUAAUAAUACAGAUCUGAAUGCAACUGAUUCAACAACAACAUCACAUGAUCAACAACAACAACAAGGUGGUAAUAUGCCAAUGGCAACAGCACAAACACCACCGGGGAAUAGCAACUAUAACAAUUCCUCCAUGAUGCCACCGCCUCAUCCAGCAUCAAAGCAACAACAGCCAUAUGCCAACUAUUCACAACAGCAAGGCGACAUGUAUACUAGAACAUCAAAUAGUGGUAGUGCACCUCAAUAUGUUCCUCAAUAUUCACAGUAUCCACCUGGAGCAAUGAUGAAUCCCCGAUCACCAGCACCUAAUACAAAUGCAUAUCGACAACCAUAUUCAUCGGGAUCACCAUAUCAAAAUGGUAUAGCAGCAUCAUCACCAUCAACGACAUCAGGCAAACCUGCAUCUCGUCCUCAACAAGUUUCACCUAAACGCUCAAAUUCACAACCAACAACACCACCACAACAACCACGUUAUCAAACACCAUACCCAUCAUAUUCAAAUGGACCAGUUGCAUAUAAACCAGGUGGUUCUAAUGGUUAUGGACCACCACAACCACCUCCACAACAACAAUCAUCAUGGCCUCCACCACCAGUACAACGUGAUGUUGUUACACCAGGUUUAGCUAGUAGUACGGGUGAUUCAGAUUCAAAUUCAAGUAGUGCAUCACAACAACCGGUAUCAUAUCCAUCUUCAGCAAUGGCAAAUGGUCCAACAACAACAGGUUAUCCACAACAACCUUCAUCUUCAUAUAAUACUAGUGGUAAUGUAAAUGAUUCAACAAAUAAUACUAUGAAUUCCAGUGGACAUACCUAUAUGGAGCAACAAUAUUCUAAUAUACCUCCACCAAAUUAUGGCUAUCCUCCACAACAAAUGAAUCCAUAUGUUAAUCAUCCAGCACAAAUGCAUGGUCAACCAACAAAUGAAUUUCGUCCUCCACCUAUGCAAUCAAUGGAAGAUGAUACUAAUGCUUAUCGUAAUAAACCAUCAUUAGGAAUGAUGAUUGAUCAACAACAACAACAACAACAACAAUCACAUCAUCCGCCUCUACUUCCUUCGUCAUCAUCAUCUCAAACACAAUCUCUAUCAUCAUCAACAAAUGGACCAAAAUCACCUAGUGGUACAAGCAUGUCAUCAUAUGUUCCGGAUGAUGCUGAUUCAAGUAAUUCAAGUUUUCCUGAUAGUCCACCACCAUCACAAGAAAAAGGUCAACAAAAACGUAAACUAUCAUCAGCAACAUCAAAUGCACAUAGUACACCAGCUGAAGUAUUUACUAAAUUACGUGAUAUGGGUGAUGAAUCUGAACGGCAAGAACGUCAUUUAUUUGUUGAUCGUUUACAAAAAUUAUGGGAAGAACAUCAAAUAGUUUGUCGUAAUUUACCAACUAUAUCAAAACAAACAAUUGAUCUCUAUCGUUUAUAUACAUGUGUACGUGAACAAAAUGGUUUUCAAGAAUUUUCAAAAGUAGCUAAAAAUCGUCAUUGGCGUGAAAUAGCAUCAAAAUUAAACAUUCCGAAUUCAUCAAGUGCAGCAUUUAAUGUUAAACAAAAAUAUAUUAAUUUAAAAUUAUUUCAUUAUGAAUGUAAAUUUGAUCGAGGUGGAAUUAAUCCUGAACCUAUAUUAGCUGAAAUUGAAAAACAACAAGGUAAACGUUCAAAAACACCAAAGAAAACAGCUAGUAAUAGUGGAAUAACAACAACAAAUAAUACGAAUGAUAAUACAAAUGAUGGAAAAUUAGUACCUUCACAAGGAUCAUCUCAAUCUCAAACUUCUGUGUUACCUCCACAACAACAACAACAGCCACCACCAUCGCUACCACCACCACAACAACUUCCUAUUCAAGAUCCAUAUCGAGGUUAUCCACCACCACCACCGUCAGCUCAACAAGGACAUCCACAUCAAAUGCUUCAUCCACAACAACAAUAUCGACCCAUGCAAAUGUCUAUGCAUCCAUAUGGUACAACUGGUAAUGAAAUGCAACCAGCAUACGAUCCAUCAUCCACUGGACAAAUGAUGUAUAAUAAUCCAGAAAUCGAUUAUCAACGUGCUGGUUAUCCUCCAUCAUUACCACCAGGACAACAACAACAACCACCUCCACAAAUGAUGAAACCACCACCAUCAAAUGCUUAUGGAAUGCCACCACCACUACCAUCAUCACAAGUUUCACAACCACCAUCAUCAAUGGCACCUCAACAUCGACCAACAGGACCAUACCCAUCGAUUGCUUCAAAACCACAACCACCACAACAAAUGGUACCAUCAACACAACAAGAUUAUAAUGUAGCUCAAACGUCCAAUUUAGUUUGUGUUCCACCGAAUCAACAAGCACCACCACCACCAACAACAGCAGGACCACAACAAACAUAUCAUUAUCCACCUCAACAACAACAACAACAACAACAACAACAACAACCUAUGCUAAGUGCCUAUCCUCCGUCAGGUUAUCCACAACAACAACAACAACAACAGCGUGCACCAAUGAUGGUUGGACCAUCACAAACACAUGAUCCAUAUUUAUCUCAACAAGUUCCACCUAAUCAAACUUAUCCAAAUCAAGUACCACCAAAUUAUCCAUAUAAAAAACCUGAAACAUCAACAACAGAUUCAUCAACAAUUGAUAAUCAAGAUUCAAAUAAAGGAAAUAAAUUAUUAAUGAAUCAACUACGUUCAUCUUUUUCAAAUACAUCUAUGCUUCCAGCAUCAACACCUAUAUCAAUUUUAACAUCAUCAUCAACAACAACAUCAUCAACAACAAAUUCAACAAUAACACCAUCAUCAAUGCCAACAACGAAUUUUCCUUCUAAUUCUGUUGAAGCAACAACACUUUCUUCGAAAAUUAAACGUAAAAAAUUAACAGCUAAAGAUGUCACUCCAGUUGAUCCAUGGAAACUAAUGAUGUCAUUACGUGGUGGUUUACUUGCUGAAACAACAUGGGCAUUAGAUACAAUUAAUAUAAUGUUAACUGAUGAUCAAACUCAUACAUAUUUUCGUUUAAAACAAAUGCCUGGUUUAUUACAAGCUAUUGUUGAUAUUUAUGUUAAAUGUUUAACACAAUUAUUUGAUGAAUUUAAAAGUUCACCAUCAAAUAUUGAAAAUCAACAACCAUUAUUAAAAGAUUUAAAUGGUUCGUCACAUUUAACAUGUACAACAAUUAAAAAACAUGAACAUAAACAACAAGAGUCAAUUAUUUAUCGUGUUGAAUCAAAUUCAUUAAAUAAAUAUAGACGAAAAUAUAAUAAAGAACAAUCAGUUGUUUACGAUCGUGUUUAUGAUGAACAAGGAAAUGAAAAGAACGAUCCAACCAAUGUAUUAGAUCUACAAAAUACAGAUGAUUUAUGUUAUAUACGUACACAUUUUGAUCCAUUACGUCUUGAUGAUACUUUUUAUGAAGAACUUUAUUAUGGUCAUCAUACAGAUAAUUUAUUAGAUAAUCAUAUAUCUAAUGAUAAUGAACAAGAAUCAAUAAAAAAAUCUCAAAUAUCAUCACGUAAACGUAUAAAAAUAUCUGAUGAUGAUAAUGAUAUAACUAUAAAUGAAAUAACAACAUUAGAUAAUUCAAAACGUCGUCGUUAUAAUUCGGAUUCAUUAACAGAAAUCUCAGAUAGUAAUAAAGAAUUUCUUGAACGUUAUAAACGAAAAUUUGAAUAUGAUGAACAUCAAACAUAUGAGCUUUAUUCUGGUAUAUGUUCAUCAUCAUCAUCAUCAUCAUCAUCAACAUCAUUAUCAAUAAAUAAAUCAAAUCAUAAAGAUUUUGAUUCAUGUACAAGUUCAAAUGAUCAACAAGAGAAUGUAUCAUCAUUAUUUACUUAUCAUUCACUUGCUUAUGAUCAAAUAUGUGCACGUUGUACAUGUGUAUCAUCAAUAUUACGUAAUCUCAGUUUUAUAUUAGGCAAUGAUAUUGAAUUGGUCAAAUGUAAAACAUUAAUUGGUUUAUUAGCUCGUCUUUUAUUACUCAGGCAUGGGAUUAAUCACAAUCAUAUGUCAGAUAAUCAAUUGUCUCCUGACGAAACAGUAAAUCCAAAUCAAUUAAAAACUGACGAACAAAAAUGUUCACCAUCAUUUUCAUGGGCAGAAUGUGUAUUAAAUGUACGUGAAAAUACUCUUGUUACAUUGGCCAAUAUUGCCGGUGCACUUGUACUUGAUACAUUUGAUUCGGAUUUAUUAUAUACAUUAAUUGAUGGUCUUUUACAUUGGUCAACAUGUUAUUCAGGUGAAGCUAUUGAUUCAUUACAUUCAUCAUUAUUAUCAGCACAACGUUUAGCUAUUGAAAUUUUAACUAAAUUAAGUGUACAUGAAAUGAAUAUGGAUUUUAUAUUAGCAACACCACCAUUUUAUCGUAUUGUAUCAUUAUUUCAUGUUUUAACUGAUUGGUUAAUUGUUGAUGAUAUCAAUGGUGGUAUAUCAAAUUGGCAUCCACCAUCGUUAACAUCAUCAACACAUUAUUAUACAAAUAUGUCACGACCAACAUCACAUAUACAACGUGAAUUUGCUAUUGUUUUAUUAAAUGCAUUAAUACGAUGUGAUACAUUAGCUUCAAGUGUUAUUGCACGUAUACCAUAUGCUAUAUCAUUAUUAUUAAAUUUUUUAGAAGAUUAUGAAAUGAAAACAAAUGAAUUAAUGGUACGUUAUGGUCCUGAUUAUGUUAUACGUUUAACAACUCAACCAUCAAAUAUUCAACAUGCUGAACAAAUAUUAUUUACAACAGGUGAUAUGUUAAAACGUGCAGCAACAUGUUUAUUAUCAAUAGUUAGUUAUACGGAUAAUGUUAAAAUGGUGAAACGAUAUGAAGAUCGAAUAUUAAAUUUAUCUACUUCACAUGUUAUUGAUUCAAAUGUUGGACGUGUUCUUACAGAUGUUUUGCACUAUUGUUCAUUGCACAACAGUUAA